UUGGCAUAGAUGGCGUUUGUUUAUAGAAAUUUGAUGGAGGAGAGGGGUGCACCGGUUUCUGUGGUUAUUCCUUCUUAGUUAUACGGUUUGUUUACAACGGUUGUCACCCUUUCAAUCAAAGUAUCGUCACGUUAGGGAAGAGGAACAUGUCCAGCAUCAACAGACCAGUGCAGAUUGAGGAGUUCACGGUUGCAUUGAGAGAUGUGACGGAUGAUGAGUUGUUCAGUGUUAAGCAACAAUUGCAGAAAUCGAUUGCUAAGUUGGAAAGAACCAAUACGAAGCUAUACAGACUCAUAAAUGGUGAGCCGGUCGAUAGUGGUGACGAUGACGAUGAUGAAUUCAACGAGGUCAACACCGACGACAGGGCCUUGUUCAACGAGAUCAUUGCUGAAAAUGGGAUCGUUAUAAGAAAUCAACAGCAGAGAAUCGAUAAAGUUGACGACGAGUUGGAGCACAGAGGGCUAAACAACAAUCGUCUUGAUCAUGCUAGUGAAGGCGGUGUGAAGUCUACCGAAAGCUCCGCCAAAUCUGCUCAAUAUGCGACUGCUGAUACCGAUAACGACAAGCUUGACUCCAAUGCGGCUAACAGUAUCUUCAUCUAGUUUAGGGACCUUUUUUUGUGUCAUAUCCGUCUUGAUCUUUGCGUUGUUUUCACCCCAUGGUACUUUGUUUAUGUUUUUUUUGUUUGUGCUUUGUUUAGCAUGUAA